GUUCUGUGUUACUACAUCAUAAAUUUCCUCAACAGCGUCUUAUCACUUGCCAGGAGAACGUGGUCCUAGCUCGCAGUGAGUCAAAGACCUUCCUGGCAAGGAAGCCGCAGAAGACCUCAACUUCUUGAAUGUCCCACGGGGGGAUGCAUCUCUGGAAUGGAUUAUGUGUUUGGUCUUUUUCUGCAACCAGAGGCAACAAUGUAUGUGCAACGUAAGGUAGAAGAAUUAAUUUUAGGAAGAGACGAGUCUAACGGCUACAUCACAUUAAGAAGCUGUUUUUAAAAAUGUUUGCAUCUCGUGCCAGUAAUCCACAACUGGAAAAGACUGGUAGUCCAGUAGUUAAAACAACAACAACAACUUAUUACUUUUUUUCCCGAAUUCAAAAAGAACAAGUAGUCAGUUAGUAUUUUACCAUGUGUUUCUUGAUUAUUUAGCACUGAAAUUUUUAUUACACUGAAAUCGUGGUGUGAGGAUUGCUAGACACUCCCCUCCCCAACACACAUCCAGCAACUAAAGACUGUGGCAAGAUGACCUCUGAGGAAAUGACAGCUUCUGUUCUCGUCUCUGUGGUACAGGGUAAAGUGAUACCUGCUCAGUCAGCUGGAGAUGAAAAUACUGAAAAUGCUUUGGACACCAGUGUUAUAAAAAGACAUACUGCCAGUCCAGGAAGGCAAACCACACGCGCGCUCUCAUACUUACACAGACUGGAAGGAGAAAGUCUUCGGGGCUCAGUGCCCAAAAUAUUCACUCUGGCAAAUGAACAAAUGACUGAUGACAAUAGUAAUGAAAACUUCUGGGAGAGAAACAGCUCCAUCCCUGAUUCAGUGGAAUUUCUUAACAUUAACUGUAACAUUGUACAGAAAAACUACAAGAGCAAUAUCCCGUGCAGCCAGAUGUAUAAAUCUUGUGGCACAUUAUCAGGGGGAGAGGCAUGCCUAGAAACUGGAAUUCCUGUUUCACUGGAAAGAGCCAUGCUUGCAGAAAUUCAGUUGAAAAUGAAUGGACCUUCUUUAAGAAGCCAGACAGCAAUAAAUAAGAAUGACAGCAAUGAUACUGAUAAAGUAGCCUUUUUUCACUUUCAUUGUGCUAGUGAAAGGAAUAUAUCAAAGGCUUUGUGCAAUUUACACAACAGCUUCAUUUUGGAUGACUGCUUGCAGCCAGUAAGUGUUGGCGGUCGUAACACCACUGGUUCCACGGCCUGCACUUGCACGUUAGUGGAGUUGACAAACAACUGUGAGGAUGAAAAUGGGCAGCAGUUGUAUGACGACGCUUUAAGGGAUAAGUACUUCUGUCUGGAAAGAGCACCACGAAAGGUUAAAGUGGCAUGCUCAGGUCACAACUUCUGUGGAAAUAACUUUACUGGAAGAAUGCCUUCAAAGCCCUUUCUGAGCCAUUUUGAAGACUGUAAUGAUAACUGUGAAGAAGAGAUGGAGGAGGAUUUUUUUAGAAACAAAAAAGAACGUUCCACAUUAUUAAUAAGACGUUUCUGUAAAAAUGAUAAGGAGGUUAAAAAAUCAGUUUAUACUGGAACGAGAGCAAUUGUUAGGACUUUACCUUCAGGGCACAUAGGAAAUGUUGCUUGGAAUUAUGUUGAGCAAAGGAGAAACAACAGGGGCUUGAAGUGUUCUAGGAUUACGACAGAACAGCUAACUAUAAUUCAGUCCUUAAUAAACUGGGAAUUUAAUUCCUUUCUUGAGACCUCUUUAUGGCAUGAGAUCUUCAAUACAGUGAGAGAAGAAGGAGCAGAAGACAGUUUUGAAUAUUUUCCUCUUAUUCUGAGAAAGCUCCCAGCUUUAGAUACAGACUAUGUAUGCAAAGGUGAUGGUUUUUGUGUAGAACCAUGUGUAGUAGGUGCUUACUCUCGAUAUCGUGCCACUUUACAGAGGACUGCACUCUCUAACUAUAUAACUGGUGCUUUACUAGAAGCAACUACAUCAUUGGGAGCAAGAAGCGGUCUUCUAAGUAUCUUCGGAGGAUCAACUGGAAGAACAAUGCUUAAAGAACGCCAAGCGUGUACAUCUAUGGCCGGUUCCAGUGUCCUUCCCUCCAACGUGGCUGGUAUCAGCAAAGAGCUGGUGGACCUGCAGCACCUCAUUCAGUUCCCGGAGGAGGUUGCCAGCAUUCUGACUGAGCAGGAACAGGACCUCUACCGCAAAGUCUUACCCAUUGACUACCUCUGCUUUUUAACCAGGGAUUUGGGUAAUGCUGAAUGUCAAAGCAAGCUUCCAUGUAUUAAAGCUUCCGUAUCUGCUACUAUCCUUUCUUCCCCAAAUGGUGAACAUAAUGCUGUAGAAGAUCUUGUGACAAGAUUUAAUGAGGUGAGCUCAUGGGUUACCUGGCUGAUCCUGACUGCAGGUUCUAUGGAGGAGAAACGAGAAGUCUUCUCAUAUUUAGUACAUGUGGCAAAAUGCUGCUGGAAUAUGGGCAACUACAAUGCUGUAAUGGAGUUUUUGGCAGGGCUAAGAUCCAGAAAAGUUUUAAAAAUGUGGCAAUUUAUGGACCAGUCUGAUAUUGAAACUAUGCGAAGUCUGAAAGAUGCUAUGGCACAACAUGAGUCAUCAUCAGAGUACAAGAAAGUGAUCAACCGGGCACUCAAUAUUCCAGGCUGUAAAGUAGUUCCUUUCUGUGGUGUAUUUUUAAAAGAGCUUUGUGAAAUUUUGGAUGGAGCAUCAAGCCUCAUCAGACUCUGUCCACGGUACAAUUCCCAGGAAGAAACAUUAGAGUUUGUUUCAGAUUACAGUGGACAAGAUAAUUUCUUGCAACGAGUAGGCCAAGAUGGUUUAAAUAAUCCAGAAAAAGAAUCAACAGCAAACAAUAUAUUCCAAACUAUUCGGAGCUGUAAUCGCAGUUUGGAAUCUGAAGAGGGUGAAGAUAAUUUCAGUGAAGGAAGUGAUUCAAGAAAAAACUCUUUGAAGGACAGAAACCGGUACCAAUUUGUAAUUGGAGAUCUUUCAGAUUCUGAAAGUGAUAUAUUUGAGCAGUUGAAGGAGUGGGACACAACCUCAACAGAAGAACAACAAAAGGCUUUCUGCCAUGGCAUAGAACUCAUUCCCUGGUACGUGUUAUCUAUCAGAGCUGAUGUCCACCAGUUCAUGCUGCAAGGGGUGACUGUCAUUCAUUAUGACCAGGAGACGCAUCUUUCAGCACGUUGCUUUCUUCAGCUUCAGCCUGACAAUAGUACUUUGACUUGGACAAAACCCACAACAGUUUGCCCUGCAAAUGCUAAGGCGAAACUGAGUGUACUGGGUAAUACUGCUGAGCUUGGUAAAUACCAGUUUCUUGGCAAUACUGGACUAAAUGGACUUCUGGAAGGUUUUCUGGAUUUGUUUUCAGCCAAGGCUGUGUACAUGGGACACUCUGGCAUUGAUAUGCACACUGUGUGUGUUCAGAAUAAACUUUGUAACAUGUCCCUUGAAGAAAAUGGUAUAACACUACUUUAUGGACUUCAGACUACUGAUAAUAAAUUGCUGCACUUUGUUGCUCCAAAAUAUACUGCCAGAAUGCUAUAUGAUGGAUUGCUGGAAUUGACUAAAGCUGUAAGAAAAAUGAGAAGAUUCCCUGAUCAAAGACUACAGUGGCUACGGAAACAGUAUGUCGGUCUUUACCAGGAGGAUGGAAGGUUUGAAGGCCCAACCUUGGCUCAGGCUGUUGAACUUUUCGGAGGCAGACGAUGGAGUGCAAGAAACACAAGCACAGGAACGCUUACCAAAAGCACUGAGAAACCUAGUGUUCAGAGAAACAACACUCUGGGAAUAAAUGCAGCUAAGAAAAAGAAGAAAGUACUUAUGAGGGGUGAAAGUGGAGAGGCCACUGAUGAUGAAAUGGCCACUCGGAAGGCAAAAAGCUGUAAGGAAUAUCGUAAUAGAAGUGGUUCGGAUCCUCAAGAUAUUGAUGAGCAAGAAGAAUCAGAUCAAAAUAUUAUUAUUAAUGCUUCUCCAUCUAACACCUUGUCGUCAAGAAGAACACACUCUCUGACAACAUCUGGAUCUCCUAAUUUAGGAGCUGUCACAUCCUCACCAGCCAGACCAGUCUCCUCUCCUGUAAUGUCUUCAAGCAAGAGUCAGUCUAGCACAUGGAGCAGCAGUAGCUGGCAUGGCCGUGUUAAAGGAGGAAUGAAGGGGUUUCAGAACUUCAUGGUUUCUGAUAGCAACAUGACUUUUGUGGAAUUUGUGGAGCUCUUCAAAUCUUUCAGUGUCCGUAGCCGCAAGGAUCUGAAAGACCUUUUCGAUGUCUAUGCGGUGCCUUGCAAUCGAUCUGGUUUAGAGCCUACUCCACUUUAUACUCAUUUGAAGAUUGAUGAAAAUAACAUUGGGUUCCAACCUGAUUUAGACUUGUUGACUAGGAAUGUUUCAGACCUUGGUUUGUUCAUUAAGAGUAGGCAGCAGCUGUCAGAUAACCAGAGGCAAAUAUCUGAUGCUAUUGCUGCUGCCAGUAUCGUAACUAAUGGUACUGGAGUUGAAAGCACAUCACUGGGGAUAUUUGGUGUGGGCAUCCAGCAACUAAAUGACUUCCUAGUGAAUUGCCAAGGAGAACACUGCACCUAUGAUGAAAUCCUCAGUAUUAUCCAGAAAUUUGAACCUAGUGUGAAUAUGUGCCAGCAGGGGCUGCUAUCUUUUGAAGGAUUUGCCAGGUUUUUGAUGGAUAAAGACAACUUUGCCUCCAAAAAUGAUGAGUCACAAGAGAAUGCUGAGGACUUGCAGUUUCCACUGUCAUAUUACUACAUUGAAUCUUCACACAAUACUUACCUUACUGGCCAUCAGCUUAAAGGGGAAUCCUCAGUGGAGCUCUACAGCCAGGUUCUCUUACAAGGCUGUAGAAGUGUAGAAUUAGACUGCUGGGAUGGUGACGAUGGGAUGCCUAUCAUUUAUCAUGGGCACACUCUUACUACUAAGAUCUCUUUUAAGGAAGUAGUUGAAGCUAUUGAUCGCAACGCAUUUAUCACCUCUGACAUGCCAAUUAUCAUAUCCAUAGAAAACCACUGUUCAUUACCUCAGCAGCGCAAGAUGGCUGAAAUUUUCAAGAAUGUAUUUGGAGAUAAGCUGGUAACAAAGUUUUUAUUUGAGAGUGACUUUUCUGAUGACCCCAUGCUUCCUUCACCUGGCCAACUGAAAAGAAAAAUCCUGCUUAAAAACAAGAAGCUCAAAGCCCAUCAAACACCAGUGGAUAUAUUGAAACAAAAGGCUCACCAGCUGGCGCAUAUGCAAGCACAGGCUAGCAAUGGUGCUAGCAACCCUACAACUACGAAUGAAGAGGAAGAAGAUGAAGAGGAUGAAUAUGACUAUGACUAUGAAUCUCUUUCUGAUGAUAACAUUCUUGAAGACCGACCUGAGAAUAAAUUAUCAAGUGACAAGCUGCAGUUUGAAUAUAAUGAAGAGACUGCCAAAAGAAUAAAGAAGGCUGAUUGUGCUACUUACAGUAAUAAAGGAAAGGUUUACGAUAUGGAACUGGGUGAAGAAUUCUACCUUCCACAAAAUAAGAAGGAAAGCAGACAGAUAGCCCCAGAGCUAUCAGAUCUCGUCAUUUACUGUCAAGCUGUAAAGUUCCCAGGCUUGUCAACCCUAAACCCAUCUGGCUCUAGCAGAGGAAAAGAAAGAAAAAGCAGGAAGUCCAUUUUUGGCAACAAUCCUGGCAGACUAAGCCCUGGGGAGUCAGCUACUCUUGCCAAAGCAUCUGGAAAAGGUCCUUUUGAUGUGAUGCGGCAGACAUGGGAAGACCCUUGCUCUCCUUACAAUUCUCCAGCUUCUCUCAGUGCUAUCAUAAGGACGCCCAAAUGCUAUCAUAUCUCCUCCCUGAACGAGAACGCUGCCAAGCGGCUGUGCCGGCGGUACUCCCAGAAGCUGAUCCAGCACACUACCUGUCAGCUCCUCAGGACAUACCCUGCUGCCACACGCAUCGACUCCUCCAAUCCCCAUCCACUCAUCUUCUGGCUCCACGGUGUACAGCUCGUGGCUCUUAACUACCAAACAGACGAUCUUCCUCUGCAACUUAAUGCAGCAAUGUUUGAGGCUAAUGGUGGCUGUGGAUAUGUUUUGAAACCUCCUGUUCUGUGGGAUAAAAAUUGCUCAAUGUACCAGCAAUUUUGUCCGUUAGAAAGAGAUCUUGAUAAUAAGGAGCCAGCUAUAUAUUCUUUAACAAUCGUGUCUGGACAGAACGUGUGCCCUAGCAAUAGCACAGGAAGUCCGUGCAUCGAAAUCGAUGUGCUCGGGAUGCCUCUGGAUAGCUGCCAUUUCCGGACCAAACCCAUUCAUCGCAACACUCUGAACCCAAUGUGGAACGAACAGUUUCUUUUCCGGGUUCACUUUGAAGAUUUGGUCUUUCUUCGAUUUGCAGUUGUCGAAAACAACAGCUCAGCUGUAACGGCUCAAAGAAUCAUUCCACUGAAAGCUCUAAAAAGAGGCUAUAGACAUGUCCAGCUCCAUAACCUGCACAACGAGGCAUUAGAAAUUUCUAGCUUAUUCAUAAACAGUCGGAGGAUGGAGGAAAGUCCUUCUGGAAACACUGCAUCUAUGUUGUUUAGCUCAGGUGAAAGGAAAGCCUCUGUGCCUUACAAAGUGACAAUUCAUGGAAUUCCAGGCCCGGAGCCUUUCACUGUUUUUAACAUAAGUGGGGGGACCACAGCUGCACAGCUUCUUCAGCAGCUCUUGGCUACCACAAAAGGCACCGAAUCAUGUGCUGCAGACUAUUUUCUGAUGGAAGAGAAAAGUUUUAUAUCUAAAGAAAAGAGUGAAUGCAGAAAACCUCCGUUCCAGAGAGUAAUUGGUUCUGAAGAAGGGCUAGUGCAGCUUUUGAACAGCUGGUUCCCAGAAGAAGGAUACGUUGGAAGAAUUAUCUUUAAAACCCGAGAGGAAAAUUUAAAUGAGAGAAAUGUCUUUCAAGAAGCAAAGGAAGAUGUAGCCAUCACCUCUGAGGAUGACAGUUUCUUUGUUCAGGUACACGAUGUCUCCCCAGAGCAACCACGCACCGUCAUCAAAGCUCCCCGCUUUAGCACAGCUCAGGAUGUCAUACAGCAGACUCUUUGUAAAGCAAAAUACUCCUACAGCAUUCUGAGCAAUCCAAAUCCAAGCGAUUAUGUCCUCUUGGAAGAGGUGACAAAAGAGCCAGCAAACAAAAAGUCCUCAACAUCUAAACCAUCUCAGAGAAUUCUCUCUGACCAAGAGUGUGUGUUUCAGGCCCAAAGCAAGUGGAAGGGAGCAGGAAAAUUUAUCCUUAAACUCAAAGAACAGGUUCAGGCAGCACGAGAUGACAAAAGAAAAGGCAUUUCCUUUACCAGUGAACUCAAGAAGUUAACCAAGUCAAGUAAGCAGUAUCGGGGACUUGUAUCACCACCUCUGCAAGUCUUGCCAGACAGUCCACAGAAUAAAGACGAACGGUCUGCAUGCAGUUUGACUUUUAGCGACGUUAUGGAAUAGUAACCUCCAGUGCCUACAGCAUGGUCUGUUCAGGUGACUAAGGCGACCCUAAGUCAUCACAACAAACUGAAUUCAAGAAAAGCAAAGUAAAUUAUGGAUAAAUCCCAAUCACAUUCCCUCUUCUUCAGCAUUUGUUCUUUCAUUUUUCUGAAAACUGGAAUUUACAACACUGAAUCCUUCUGCAGUGCCCUUGACGAAAUCUGCUGUGGUCUGAACAGGUCAGCAAUUGUUUGGCCUGUGCUUUAGAUGCUUAAUCCUGGCAGUGCUGCUGGAUUAACAUCCAGAAUUUGGGAAUGCUAAAUGGGAUGCUAGAUUGGAAAGCUGCCUGUCAGCUAUGGGAAGAUUCCCCUCUUCCCCUGUAUCUUCACAUCUGCAGAUUCUUGAUAGGCAGAUGGAGAAUUUUUCUUGGACUAUAUGUUGUAAACAAACAUGUCAUUACCCUCUCUCCCCACUUUUAAACGAAAUAUUAUUUUAGCUAGUUGCCUUCAGGGAAAAUGAAGGCAGAGAACCAGAGUGGUCUCUUGUGUGUAUUAUAUUAAAAUAAUGCACUUUUACAUAAAGAUUCCUGUUAAACACUGUGUUUAGUGAUUGUAAAGAGAUUUAAAUAUGCUGUAACUUCCUUGGCUUAUCAGUUUAACUUCGGUGAAUAUACACAAAAUGCUCAAGUUAUUUAUGGUUUAUCUACUUUAACAAAGUAAUGUACAAUAGCUAAAUACACCUAACUGAUAGUGAUACUUUGACAAGGAACAACGUUUUCUUCUUAUAAAUUCUAGUUUUCCAGGCCUGUGUUUAAAGAAAGAAUAUUUAUUAUCAUGUUCCAAAGUAUGUGUCAUUGUGUAAUAUAUUUAUCAUAUACUACCUUUUUAGAAACUGCAGAAUUUCACCCCUCUCUGUCUUUAGAGGAAAAAAAUGUUUGAACUUUCAUGCUUGUUUCUUUUCAACACAAGAAUUUUAAUACCCAAAACUGACCAAACUCAAACAAUAUACUGAAAAAUGUAAUUAACACUUCAAAAUU